AUGGCGGAAGAACCAGUACCACAGGCUUCGACUUCGAAUGCUGCACCGUUGGGUCACUCGGUGAUUCCGAUAGUGAACAAGCUCCAGGACACCUUUGCACAGCUCGGAAGCCAGUCAACGAUAGAGCUCCCUCAGGUGGCCGUCGUCGGAAGCCAAAGCAGCGGUAAAUCGAGCGUUUUGGAGGCUUUAGUUGGCCGGGACUUCUUGCCGAGGGGUUCCGAUAUUUGUACAAGAAGGCCCUUGGUUUUGCAGCUCCUCCAGACAAAGAGGAAAGCGGGUGGAACCGAGGAGGAGUAUGGAGAGUUCCUGCAUCUUCCGGGGAAGAGGUUUUUCGAUUUUAAUGAUAUUCGAAGGGAAAUUCAGGCUGAGACAGAUAGGGAAGUUGGAGGAAACAAAGGUGUUUCGGACAAGCAGAUUCGCUUGAAGAUUUUUUCACCAAACGUCCUGGAUAUUACCCUGGUGGAUUUGCCGGGCAUAACAAAGGUUCCUGUUGGUGACCAGCCUUCUGAUAUUGAAGCACGAAUUAGAACAAUGAUAAUGUCCUAUAUUAAACUACCAAGCUGUUUAAUACUAGCUGUUACACCAGCAAAUUCUGACCUAGCAAACUCAGAUGCUCUUCAGAUAGCUGGAAAUGCUGAUCCCGAUGGCUAUAGGACAAUUGGUGUAAUCACAAAGUUGGAUAUUAUGGACAGGGGUACUGAUGCCCGCAAUUUUUUACUUGGAAAAGUGAUUCCCCUCCGACUUGGUUAUGUUGGUGUUGUGAAUCGUAGCCAAGAGGAUAUUAUGAAGAACCGGAGCAUUAAGGAUGCACUUGUGGCCGAGGAGGAGUUCUUUCGUAGUCGUCCAGUGUACAAUGAUCUUGCUGAUCGUUGUGGAGUCCCCCAGUUGGCAAAGAAGUUGAACCAGAUUCUGAUACGGCAUAUUAAGACACUGCUUCCAGGGUUGAAGUCUCGCAUUAGCACUGCAUUGGUUUCUGUUGCUAAAGAGCAUGCUAGUUAUGGGGAAGUCACAGAAUCAAAGGCUGGUCAGGGAGCUCUUCUACUGAACAUUCUUUCGAAAUAUUCUGAAGCUUUCUCUUCAAUGAUAGAGGGAAAAAAUGAGGAAAUGUCAACUUCUGAAUUGUCUGGUGGAGCAAGAAUUCAUUAUAUCUUCCAGAAUAUAUUUGUGAAGAGUCUGGAGGAGGUGGACCCCUGUGAGGAUUUAACGGAUGAUGACAUCCGUACAGCCAUUCAGAAUGCAACUGGUCCUAAAUCGGCUUUAUUUGUUCCUGAAGUUCCAUUUGAACUUCUUGUUCGAAGACAAAUAGCUCGAUUGUUAGACCCAAGUCUUCAGUGUGCUAGAUUUAUUUACGAUGAGCUAAUAAAGAUGAGCCAUCGCUGUAUGGUCAAUGAACAGCAGCGGUUUCCUGUUCUAAGAAAGCGCAUGGAUGAAGUUAUAGGGAACUUUCUGCGGGAAGGCCUCCAACCUUCAGAGACAAUGAUUGGGCACAUAAUUGAAAUGGAGAUGGAUUACAUAAACACUUCACACACAAAAUUUAUUGGUGGGAGUAAAGCUGUGGAGAUGGCCUUGCAACAGGUGAAGUCCUCUAGGGUAGCUGCACCCAUUCCAAGGCAGAAGGAUUCAUUAGAUUCAGAAAAAGCACCUACAUCUGAAAGUCGUCUUAAAUCUCGGGCUAUUCUUGCCAGACCCGUGAAUGGAGUAGUUCCUGAGCAGGGGGUUCGGCCUGUUGUAGAUAUUGAGAGAUCAGCAUCAUCUGGAAGCACUACUGGGUCAGCUUGGGGAAUUUCAUCAAUUUUUGGUGGGUCUGACAACCGCAUGUCUGCCAAAGAGAACUCAACAAGCAGGCCAUUCAGUGAACCUGUUCAGAGCAUUGAGCACGCAGUCUCUAUGAUCCAUUUAAGAGAGUAUGCGAAUGAGCUCUUUUUCCAGACUCCUGUCUGA